CUGGCGGACCGCGAAGAUGGCGGCGCCCAUGGAGGUGGCGCUGGUGACGGACGCGGCGGGGCCGCUGUGCAACUGCUCGGCCUGGGAGCUGCACUCGGGCUCGGCGCUGCCCGGCUACCGCGGCGGCAACAGCGGCCCGCGCGGGCUGGCGCUGCUGGGCGGCGAGCACCUGCUGGGCGCUCAGCUCGGCAAGAGCUACAUCAACGUCUGGGAGCUCCAGAGGAAGGACCAGCUCCAGCAGAAGAUCAUAUGCCCCGGGCCGGUGACCUGCCUGACAGCCUCUCCCAAUGGGCUCUACAUCUUGGUCGGGGUUGCUGAGAGCAUCUACCUGUGGGAGGUCUCCAAUGGGAACCUGCUAGCCAUCCUGAACAGACACUACCAGGACCUCACAUGCCUCUGCUUUACUGAUGACAGCAGCCACUUUCUCUCAGGGGCAAAGGACUGUCUGGCCCUGGUGUGGAACCUUUACAGCGUGCUGCAGGCAGAGCCCUCCCAGAUCCCCGACCCACGCCACGUGUGGUCCCGACACAGCCUCCCCAUCACAGACUUGUGCUGUGGCUUUGGAGGGCCCUUGGCACGAGCUGCCACAGCCUCCCUGGACCAGACAGCGAAGCUCUGGGAAGUCUCAUCUGGGGAGCUCCUGCUUUCUGUCCUCUUCGAUGUGGGCAUCAUGGCCGUGACUCUUGAUCUCUCCGAGUACCACAUGUUCUGCGGUGGCAUGGACGGAUCCAUCUUCCAGGUUGACCUCUGUGCCUGGCCGGUCCAGAGAGACCGGACCUUCCAGACGGAGCGGGAGAAUGGGAAGGUCUUCAAAGGGCACAGGAACCAGGUGACGUGUCUGUCGGUGUCCACGGAUGGCAGCCUCCUGCUUUCGGGCUCGCACGAUGAAACAGUCCGGCUGUGGGACAUCCAGAGCAAGCAGUGCCUGAAGACGAUGAAUCACAAAGGUCCGGUUACAAACGCCUUCAUCGUGCUGGCCCCAGCCAACAUGCUCAACCCCGAUGGGAAGCCCAGCGCGCCCCUGCCCAAGUUCAGCAAACACCUCCACGGCACCGAGAGCAGCGACGAGCAGGGCAGCGAGGGGGUGACGCUGCGCCUGGGGCUCCACCAGCAGGAGGCUGGAGAGAGCUACCUGGAGAAGGCCAGGAAGACCUACUCGCAGAUGUACUCGACAAGGGAAAAGAACCUGGUGGGAGACCAGGAGCACCUGACGAUCCAGGUGAGUGAGCUGGAGGAGGAGGUGAGCACCCUCCGGAAGAUCAACAAGAACCUCUUCGACUUCUCCGCUCGCAUCAUCACCAAACCCGCCAAAUGAAGCGGCAGCCGCUGCCCUCGCCCCGCUCUGCCUCUCCCUGCCCUGGGCGCCAGCCCCAGCCCGCCCGGGGCUCCUGCACACGCCUGCCCCACGCCACGCACCGGAGCUGGGCCUGGCACUCGCCCGGUGCCGCGGGACUGGGGCUGCGGGGACAGCUCGGGGACCGUUGUCACCCUGACUCGCUGCUGGGGGCAGACUCGGAGCAUCCGGCUGCGGGAGGAGCGGCGCCGGCUCCGAGGUGGGGCUCAGGAUGCGGCUCCUGCUCUUUCCCUGUCUCUUCCUUGGCCCUUUCUUGUUCUUUUGGUUACUUGACCCUGCGGUGCAGACAGAAACGUGGGCUUUCUCUUGAAUGAGAUUGGAGUUUGGAGACCCCUUCCACCCAUCCCACCCUUGGGAAUGCUGCUUGGCAUCACAGCCGGGAUCUGCUGGGGCUUCUUCCACUGUCGUGACAGCGGGUCCUGAGCAGCUCCUGGGGGGGGCCCAAGGGGACCAGGACUCUGGCCCAGGGAGCUGGGGGUGUCCCUGGGUGCAGGGGGUGGUUUUGGGGUGCGGGGCUGACUCCCGGGUGCUAUUUCCAAUCUCGUAACGUGACAAUUUAUAUAUAUUUGGAUCCAGCUAUUUUGGUUUUGGGGUGUUCUGGGGGGGGGGUACUUGGCCUUUUGUAUCGUCACGAGCAUGGCAGCGGGGGGGGGGUGAGGGUGGGUUUUGUUUAGGUUUAUUUUUUACAUAAAAGAUUUGGUUUUUAUAGUGAAA